UGUAUAUACGCUUCACCUUCCCUCCGCCAUCGUACAGUGUUACGUCUGGGUCAGUGUCUCAUCAUGUCUUCUCACAAGACUCUCAGAAUCAAGCGAUUCUUGGCCAAGGAACAAAAGCAAAAAAAAACCAAAAAAACAAAACAAAAGCAAAAUCGCCCUAUUUCUCAGCGGAUGCGGAUGAAAACCGGUAGCAAAAUCAGGUACAACUCCAAGAGAAGACCCUGGAGGAGAACCAAGCUGGGCCUCUAG